AUGUACAACGCCGUUCGUCGCGGGCCGGCCCUGGCGAGAGCGCUUCGGACAUGCGCUCCCCGGGUCUCGCAGACUGCUCGAGUCAAUUCUACUGUCACUGCAAACCCUCAAAAGCCAUUCCCAUCGACGCUUUCUUCCCUCCGUCAAAUCCGAUCAUUCCAAUCCUCGACCCUUUUGAAACAAGCCAAUGCUGCUGCCGCCGCUGCUACUCAGGCCCAGGAUUCGUUCAGUUCCAUCUCCGAAUUCUCGGAAUUGGGCAAUCAAGGCUAUGUGCAUCCGCGCAUCAUUCACUCGAUCACCCAGAAUAUGAAUAUCAAUACCAUGACCGAUGUCCAGAAACAGACCAUCUCCCAUUCCGUCACAGGCGCUGACAUCUUGGCUCAAGCUAAAACCGGUACUGGAAAAACGCUUGCCUUCCUGGUUCCUGUCCUUCAAAGAAUUAUCACCAACGACCCCAGCCUUCUUCAUAAAUCACGUGGUUUCAGUCGAGCCGACUCUCACGAUAUUCGUGCCAUCAUCAUUUCACCCACGCGGGAGCUUGCCGAGCAAAUUUCUGUCGAGGCCAGAAAAGUUGCGGCUGGUACCGGCAUUGUGGUCCAGACUGCUGUCGGCGGUACGAGGAAACAAGAAGGCUUGAACCGGAUCAGGAGAGAGGGGUGCCAUAUUCUCGUUGCUACCCCAGGACGUUUGAAAGAUAUUCUGUCAGACUACAGCAGUCGGGUAGCUGCGCCUAAUUUGGACAUUCUUGUUCUUGACGAGGCCGAUCGACUGUUGGAUGAUGGAUUUGGCCCGGAGAUUGACAGCAUCAAAGAUUUACUUCCUGACCCGUCCGUAAGGGAUCGCCAGACGCUGAUGUUUUCUGCAACUGUGCCCCGUGAAGUCAUGGGUAUGGUGCGGAAGAGCAUGAAACCCGAUUUCCAAUUCGUCAAAACAGUCAACGAAAAUGAUGUACCCACACAUUUGAGAGUGCCUCAGAAAAUGGUUUUCCUUCGAGGCUUUGAGAAUGGAUAUCCCGCAAUUGUUGAGAUUUUGAAAAAGUACAUGGAUCAAGCGGCAGCUGACCGGACCAUGCGUCCAAUGAAGGCCAUUAUCUAUUUCAAUACCACGGUUGAAGUUCAGCUGGCCAAUGAAGCUUUUAGUGCGCUGCUUAUUGAUCCCAUGCAACGUCGCAGUGGUAACCCUCUGGGUCGCAAGAUUUACCACAUUCAUUCCAAGCUUUCUCAAUCUCAGCGCACGAACUACUCUGACGCGUUCCGACGCGCCGAAUCUGCUGUUUUUAUCUCGUCUGACGUGACUGCACGAGGUCUAGAUUUCCCGGACGUCACCCAUGUUAUCCAAGUAGGUGUUCCUAGGAACCGGGAAUCCUACAUUCACCGUUUGGGCCGCACAGGUCGUGCCGGAAAAGAAGGUCAAGGCUGGGUUCUCAUUCACGACGAAGAAGAGCAAUCUUUUGUUGAACAAUUGGGCGACCUGCCUAUUGAACAAGACAGCUCCAUUGAAGCCGCAAAUGCCGAUAUGUCCAAAUUAGACUCAUUGUCCGGACCAGUUGCUGAAACUAUAAAUCAAGUUACAGCAGCGUUGAAACUGGUUCCUUACGAAGUCAAGGAUGACGCUUACCGAAUUCAACUCUCGGCCAAUGCCUCUACCUUCCCGCGCAAGAGAGUACUUGUAUCCGCACUCAACAACCUGGCCAAGAAUGGAUGGGGUCUGCCCGAGCCACCGGCAAUUAGUCCUAUGAUGGCCUCGAAGCUUGGUUUUGAAAGAGUUCCUGGUGUGAGGAUUGAAGAUCGACGACCUUCCCGGGGUGGAUUGGAUAGACCCGGUAUGGCCUCUGCGGGCGCGAGAUGGCGCCUUGAACGUCCCCGACGAGAUGGCUUUUCUAGCCGUCGAGGAGGAGAUUUCGAUGAAUCCAGUGGUGGUGGUCGUCGGUUUCAACGUCCUCAGCGGGAGGAUUGGUUCAGCAUGGACCGGGCCAGAGGCCGCCGUGACUGA